GAGCUUGAAAUGACGCUGCCGGUUUCCGACGUGAAGAAAACAACCGAAGCAGGCCUCUCCUGAGUCCACAGCGUCCACGUCCUGAGACGGACACGGGGCCGUGUGGCCGGAGAGAGGCAACACAGACACGGGGCCGUGUGCCCGGAGAGAGGCAACACAGACACGGGGCCGUGUGGCCGGAGAGAGGCAACACAGACACGGGGCCGUGUGGCCGGAGAGAGGCAACACAGACACGGGGCCGUGUGGCCGGAGAGAGGCAACACAGACACCUUAAAUCAUGCUGACCUGUGAAAUCUGCGGUGAGGACAUCAUGUUGGAGGAGGACAUGAGGACACAUCUCCUUCUCAGCCACCUGGAAGGUGGCAUGCGCUGCCCCCUCUGCUCCCUGUCUGGUGUGUCCUACGACCAACUCUGCUUCCACAUCAGCGCCGCCCACCCAGAGAAGCGGCCCGGCGGGAAGGAUCCGGCCCGCUUCACCUCCACUUUGGGCUGUUUAGCCAGAACGGACGCCGGCCUCACCGAGCGCAAACGGCCCCAAACGCCUCGGUCCUGUCAGGCUGAUGAAGCAGCACCCGCCGGUGCCUCUCCGUUCACCAGAGACGCAGCGCGGCCUCAACGGAAUAGUAGACCAGGCAGUGGAGGUUCAUCCACUGGGGAGGCUGCACCCGUCACUUCGACUUUGACAUCACGGAGCCCUAAAACCAGACAGGACUCUGUCGGACACUGUGAUGAGGACAACGAUGGGGUUAAAGCCGAGCGCACCGGAGCCAAACAGAAGCGUCUGUUUUCCCCGGAGAAGCGGUUCCCGUGCCCCAUGUGUGCUCUGGCCUGCAGCAGCUGGUUCAUCCUGCAGGAGCACGUGGAGUUGCAUCUACAGGAGCAGCGAGCAGCCGAAGGGUCAACACUGGAGGCGUGUUCCUCGUCAGCCAGCAUCCUCUCAGGAGAGAAGAGAUUUGAGUGCCCUCUGUGCGCCGUCGUCUGCAGGGACAGCUUUUCUCUGCAGGAACACGUGGAACUGCAUUUAGACCACGGAGCUGCUGUGAGCUCUGCAGAGAGCCCCGGCUCUGACCUGAAGCUGGCCAGGAGGCUUCAGCAGGAGCAGGAGGAGGAGCAGAGGAGGAGGCUGGAGGAGGCCCAGCAGGAGAGGGAAGAGUUCAAGAAGCUGCAGAGGCAGUUUGGUCUGGACGGCCGCGGGGGCUACAGCAGACAGAUGGAGAGGACCAUGGAAAGGGCUGUGGCCCGGGGUCUUAUGGCCCCUGCAGAGUUCCACUGUCAGAGGGCCGAGAUGAGGGAGUCUCUGGCCUCAGGGGUGGAUGACGGCAGAACCAGAACUCAAGGUGUGGUCCGAGCGUUGUAUGAAUAUUACCAGACGGAGUGCAAAGACUCUGUCCACGUGUGGCUGAGUGCUGACACCGACCACUACUGCUCCUCAGCGGGGGAUAAAGGCUGGGGCUGUGGCUACAGAAACCUACAGAUGCUCCUCUCCUCUCUGCACACAAUAGAUGCAUACGCUCCCCUCCUACAAGAGAAGGCAGUGCCUAGCAUCCCUCGGGUGCAGAGUAUGAUCGAGGAGGCCUGGCGAGCAGGGCUGGAUCCGCACGGCGCGUCCCACUUCAACCAGCGGCUGCAGGGAACACCAGCCUGGAUCGGAGCCACCGAGAUCUACACCCUCCUCACCUCUCUGGGAAUCGGUGCCCGCAUCAUUGACUUUCACAAGCCGACAGGCCCAGGUGACACCCACCCCCGGCUGUUUGAGUGGGUGAAGCAGUACUUCCAGUCCGGCGGGAGCAGCAGGCUGCCCCCUCGACUCAUCCACACUUGCCUGCCCCCGCUUUACCUGCAGCACCAAGGUCACAGCCGCUCCAUAGUGGGCUUGGAGCAGAAGAGGAACGGGAGCCUGUGCCUCCUGCUCCUGGAUCCUGCCACCUCGCCGUCAGACGCCAGGAAGUUGCUGAGCAGGGACACCGUCUCAAUGGCCGCCCGCCAAGUCAGGAGGUUCCCCGGCAGCCUCAAGCACAAACAGUACCAGGUGGUGGCAGUGCACGGCGUGAUGUCUGCUGAGGAGAGACGGAUUAGCGCGUUGAACUCCAGGACGUUGUGUGCCGAGCGGAUCCCGUGAAGCUCCAUCUCGUUUGUUUUUACUGUGAAGAUGCAUUAGAUUUCUGAACUAUUUAACGUAGUCAUUCGCUAAUAAAUGAUAUAAUGUACACUUUUUCAUAUCGAUUUUAAAUAAACUGUGCUACUC